AUGGCCUCCGACUCUCUCGACGAUAUCUUCGGUUCCUCGCCUCCGCGAGCCGAACAACCUCUCCCACAAGCGCACAAAAAUGCAACCGUUGAACCCUCUGAGCUCCCCUCCCUCCGCCGCCAACACGUCACAGCCGGUUACCGUGACGGCAUUUCCGCUUCGAAAGCUGAGCACGUCCAGAAUGGCUUCGAUGCCGGAUUCCCCGUCGGGGCACAGCUGGGUAUGCGCGCCGGGACAAUACUAGGGAUUCUCGAGGGCAUACUCAAGGGGUACGAGAGCAGUCCUGCGACGGUCAAGAAACCUGGUCAGAAGCCUCCGACUCCAUCCACAACGGCGACGAAAGAAGCGGAUGAAGCGAAGAAAGCCAAACGGGAGGAGAUACUCCGUCUCUAUCAACAAUCAGUGAAGGAGCUGAACGUCCAGGCCGUUUUCGCCGGUGUGGAUGGCGGGGCGUUACAGGCGCAAGGGUCAGAGGAUAAACCAGAGACCCAGCUCUUGCACAAGGGCGAUAGGGUCGUGAGUGCUUGGGAGAGCAAAGUCCCCGUUGCCGCUUGGGAAGAGCAUGUAAUGGACGUUUUGGAGGCUAAGAGUGACGACGGAAACGGCAAGGCGGAUGAGACUAGUCCUGGCGACUUGUGGCCUACCAUCUUCGGAGCACAUACACCGCAGACGACUGCUCCCAUCGACGACGUCAGCUCUGCGCUCGAUACCGGUCCUCGAAUCCAGCCAUUCGGACCAUCUGUGAAGAAUUUUACCUGCGCCUGCGCCAUGCGCAUUCCUCCUGCAAAACAUCUACCUCGCCCUGCAGGACGUCUCGGGGAACCCAGCGAAGCGGUCCCUCGGCACAUCAAAUCGCCAGCGCUGCGCAAAUUUGGCUGCAAGGCUGCAAGGUGA